CCUCCCCGCGCGUGCGUGCUGCGCCAAGGCUGCGAGGCACUGAGGGAAGAAGCGCCGCCGCCAGCGCCGCCGCUGGGACCCGUUAGAGCGGAAGCGCUGCCGCCGCUGCCUUCGCGGUCCCGGGGCCUCUGGUUCCCGGCAGGUGGGAGGCGGGAGCCAUGUCGAAACGGCUCCGGAGCAGCGAGUUGUGCGCUGACUGCAGCGGGCCGGAUCCUUCCUGGGCAUCAGUAAAUAGGGGAACUUUUAUAUGUGAUGAGUGCUGCAGUGUCCAUCGGAGUCUAGGACGCCAUAUCUCCCAAGUAAGGCAUCUUAAACACACACCGUGGCCUCCCACACUGCUUCAGAUGGUUGAAACAUUGUAUAAUAACGGUGCUAAUUCUAUAUGGGAGCAUUCUUUGCUGGACCCUGCCUCUAUUAUGAGCGGAAGACGUAAAGCUAAUCCACAGGAUAAAGUACAUCCCAAUAAAGCGGAAUUCAUCAGAGCCAAGUAUCAGAUGUUAGCGUUUGUCCAUCGCUUGCCCUGCCGGGAUGAUGAUAGUGUGACUGCCAAAGAUCUUAGUAAGCAACUCCAUUCAAGCGUGAGAACAGGGAAUCUUGAAACCUGUUUGAGACUAUUGUCUUUAGGAGCACAAGCCAACUUCUUUCAUCCUGAGAAAGGAAAUACCCCACUUCAUGUUGCCUCCAAAGCAGGACAGAUUUUACAGGCUGAAUUAUUGGCAGUAUAUGGAGCAGACCCGGGCACACAAGAUUCUAGUGGGAAAACUCCUGUUGAUUACGCAAGGCAAGGAGGGCACCAUGAGCUGGCAGAGCGCCUCGUGGAAAUACAGUACGAGCUGACGGACAGACUAGCCUUCUAUCUCUGUGGCAGGAAACCAGAUCACAAAAAUGGACAGCACUUUAUAAUACCUCAAAUGGCAGACAGCAGCCUGGAUUUGUCUGAGUUGGCAAAAGCUGCUAAGAAGAAACUUCAAUCUCUAAGUAAUCAUUUGUUUGAAGAACUUGCCAUGGAUGUGUACGAUGAAGUUGACAGGCGAGAGACUGAUGCAGUCUGGCUUGCCACGCAAAACCACAGCACCCUGGUAACCGAGACAACCGUCGUCCCCUUUCUUCCGGUCAAUCCUGAGUACUCAUCAACACGAAACCAGGGCAGGCAGAAAUUAGCUCGGUUCAAUGCCCACGAGUUUGCCACACUGGUCAUCGACAUUCUCAGUGACGCCAAGAGGAGACAGCAAGGCAGCCCUCUCUCUAGUUCUAAAGACAGCGUGGAGCUCAUACUGAAAACAGUCAGUAACCAGCACAGUAUUGAGAGUCAAGACAAUGACCAGCCAGACUAUGACAGCGUGGCCUCAGACGAAGACACGGAUUUGGAAACCACUGCAAGCAAAGCAAACCGGCAGAAGAGCCUAGAUUCAGAUUUAUCAGAUGGACCAGUCACUGUGCAGGAAUUUUUGGAGGUCAAAAACGCUCUAGUGGCUUCUGAGGCCAAGAUACAACAGCUAAUGAAGGUGAAUAACAACUUGAGUGACGAGCUGAGAAUUAUGCAGAAAAAGCUUCAAACACUCCAGAGUGAAAAUUCGAACCUCAGGAAACAGGCCACAACCAAUAUAUAUCAGGUGCAAACUGGUUCUGAGUACACAGACCCUUCCAACCACUCUUCCUUAAAGCGACGUCCGUCUGCCCGGGGCAGUAGGCCCAUGUCCAUGUACGAGACGGGAUCAGGUCAGAAAGCGUAUCUCCCAAUGGGAGAAGCGAGCCGUCCCGAAGAGAGCAGGACGAGACUCCAGCCCUUCCCCGCACACAUCGGGAGGAGUGCGCUUGUGACCUCCUCUUCAUCACUGCCUUCCUUCCCCUCCACACUUUCCUGGUCGAGGGACGAAAGCACCCGAAGGGCAUCCAGACUGGAGAAGCAGAACAGCACACCUGAGAGUGACUACGACAACACUCCCAAUGACAUGGAGCCAGAUGACACGGGGUCCAGCCGAAAGGGAAGGCAAAGAAGUAUGGUGUGGCCAGGUGAUAGCUCAGUGCCAGAUACUGCAGAACCCCAUGUGGCCCCAAGCCCCACUCUCCCCAGCACUGAAGAUGUCAUCCGGAAGACCGAACAGAUCACCAAAAACAUACAGGAGCUCUUAAGAGCAGCCCAGGAAAAUAAACAUGACAGUUAUAUUCCCUGCUCAGAGAGGAUACAUGUAGCUGUUACAGAAAUGGCAGCACUGUUCCCCAAGAAACCCAAGUCUGACAUGGUGAGGACUUCCCUUCGCUUACUGACGUCCAGUGCCUACCGACUCCAGUCAGAGUGCAAGAAGACCCUCCCAGGGGACUCUGGCGUGCCCACGGACGUCCAGCUGGUCACACAGCAGGUGAUCCAGUGUGCAUACGACAUCGCCAAGGCUGCCAAGCAGCUGGUCACCAUCACCACCAAAGAGAACAACAACUGACAGCGCCAUCACUUCUGUUUUUCUAGGCUUUUUAAAGUCCAAUUUCAAAUUUAGACAUGGAACUCUUCAGAUUUUUUCAAAAACAAACAUUUAAUGACGGUUUAAAACUUUUUAAGAGAAAACUCAGUAUUAUUUUUGCAUGUUUUCUAACAAAUUUUCAACUAUUAAUUUAACCCACUUGCCUUAUUUUGUGCCUGUUUGCCAGUCGAGUUGAUGUUCUGUUGUGUUGUCAAGGACUGUCAGUUAAUGAUCGUGUACAUCCAGAAGUAUAGUUGCAUUGUUUAAAGUUUGUUAAAACUUUUCCAUCCCUUAAAACCGCCUGCCUAUGGCUAAAACUCUAAAUGAGAUUUUUAGUAAAACAUUCUCUUGAGAGAGUUGGGUUAAAAAAAAAUUAUCAGCGUUACCUGUUCCCUGCCAAUCAUCGUGCAAUAGGUGAAUUUUCUAGCCUCCUGCGAAAUCUCUAAGUUUGGGGUAUCUCCAAGCAUGUAUGUAGAGAAAGGACUUUGCCACUUUCUAAAAGUAGUGUAACAGUCUCUCUCAAAAGGAAACAAUGCAUCGAUCCAUUUCUUCUAAGUGUUCUAUCAUGUUAAAUGUUCUGUUAUUUAAUUUUUUUAUCUCGAUCUUAUAUCUCUUUAUAUGUUGCUAUCAUCCUGAAGUCUACAUGGAGUCAGAUAAAGCAUUCACCUUCCCCAGUGUGUCUCAUUAGACCACGUGCAGGGUAGGAGCACCGCCCCGCGUUCUCACCCAUUGCCAAGUGCUCUCCCUUCCCCCGUAAGCCAGACAGCUUAAUUCAAAACGUGCAGCGAAAAGAAGCAUCGUUCUAACCAGCCAUGACUAAGUUUGUACCACCUGUUCAGAUGUCACUGCCGCGAACUGGGAGGAAAAGAGGUCACUUCCCUAACUCUGUGUCGUACCUUUCAUCCAAAUCUCAGUUCCUCCUGGAACCCCUUGCAGCUUUCUCACGUGAGUUGCUUCGUGUGUUUUGUCACCUUUGAGGACUUCUUACAAGGUAAGAUGUGUGCAGUCAUCUGAGUCAGUUUCUCCUCCAUUCCCUCACUGCUACUUAGAAAUCGGGCAUCAACUUUCAAGAAUUCCUUAGAGAGCGUGCUCCAGCUGGCUGCCGGCUCUCCCAGAGCUAGAAAGAGCACGGACUUAAGUGCUGGAACGUGCUGAAAUUGUUUCAGUUACUAAAAAGCCCUUUCUUGUUCUGAAUGUGGGAGUGUCUUCUCGUUCCUGCUUAUUGCUGCAGUUUUGUGUGGGCGUGGGGCGGACCCUGCCCUGACAGAGCAGGUGAUGUCACAUGUGAGCAGGUGCGCAGCAGUGGGGUGGAGGGGACAGCUGGGGAACCCAUGGCCUACCCAGUAGGGACAGCAGCUCCCCAGUGCCACCCAUGUUGCCAUGUGGAGAAGUGGGCCUACGGUUGUCAGAGCUUUGGUUUUUCAAAAGACACUAGAAAUCCAGAAUUUUUUUUUUUUAUAUAAAUGCCAUCUCUCCCUUUAUAAAUGUCGGCAACCACUUAGAACCUUUUCAGAGAACAUGUGCAGGUGAGCUGUGGCCUCCAUGCUGCCAGCUCACAGCCUCUGCCCCAGGGCCCUGUAAGUUGCAGCGUGAGGGCCUGGCUUCGCUGCACACGCCUGGAUUAGCCCCUGCGCCUUACCUGGAAUGAAGCCGUCCUACCCUGUGAAGUCGCUGCCGCUCCUCUUCUCACUAGUAUAUUCUGUCCCAUAGUGCUCAUUCACACAUGUGAACGUGUCAGACUAAUCCAAGGACGAGUUGCCUCAACACUUGCUAAGUCUCUGUUUUCACAGAAGUGAUUCAUACACACCUUUGUAGCCUGACCAGAUGCUGUCCUCAAAGUAGCAUCACAAUGGUGUGUGGUUUACUAAGUCCCGGCGUGCGGGUGCUUUGGUCGGGCUUUGCUGUGCUGUGAGUAGCAUGGGAACAGGGUCCACGUGUUUGUCACACAGCCUGAGUGCUGUGUUGCUCUUGGAGGUUCAGGGGAUGCCUUCUGGAAGGCCACCUCCUACUUUAAGUUCAAGCGCCAUCUGAUAACCUUUUCUGCAUGUUUCAUGCACUGUCGGGGCUCUCCACGGCCCUCGGGAAAGGCCCUGUGGCAGUCCUGGGCCAGUGCCCUUGGCCUCCUGCGGGGACAGGCUUCUGUAGGGGCUUCUGGGAAAUGAGUUGUCUGCAGUAGGUGAAGUCGUGUCUUCCCUUGAGCACUUGAGGACCUGUGCAAGAGGAUGUUGUUUAUGCCCCUGGAGAAAGUCAAGGAACGUGGGGACCACAAAGUGUUUCUAGUUAUAAGAAUACUACAGAAGAGUUUGCUUGGUUAACCCACAGUGCCAAAACUCCAAAAGAAGUCCCCAGAUGGAGUGACAUGUGGCAAUCAGAGGGCUACAGGCGGUCCCUUUCCUGCCCUGCGCAUUUCCUUAGCCUCAGCUGAGAUCUGGUGUCAGAGUUCUCUGCUCCUGUUGGCAAAUCGCACCUUUGUCUGAAUGGUUGUUCUGGCCACCUUUUGCACAUGGAUUCCGUAGCCUUGCACUAGCGACGUCUGCAUUCUGUAAUGUUUCUUACUCUUGAUUCUCAGUUACGCUUCCCUGCCCCUGCGCCGCCCCGUCGUCCCCUGAAGCUGAUGGGACAGAGUUGCACUUUAUGAAACUGGCACUUGGCUGACAGAAGGAAACAGCUCUACCCCUAAGCUCCUUUCACAGAAAUCGUCUUCUGCCUCGGGAUGCAAAUAGUUCUUAUUUGCCAAAGAACAAUGAAUUGGGCCCAAAGAUCAAAUACAGCAUUUCAUCAAAUUGGAACUAUAAACGCACAACUCAGGAGCUGUCGUACGAUUCCUCAAGUGACUUCAGUUGCAGACCCAAGAAUGGAACUAGCAUGGUUUUGUCCUCAGCAGCAUCCACGAGGUCUCCGAUAGUGCAGUUUCCCCCCUUUCCUCGUCCUGGUUAAAGGUAACACUUGUUCUUACACAAGAAAAUGCUGCACAGGAGAAAUGAAAUGCCUUUUAUUCCAGUGGGUUUGAUCCCUGUCACUCAUUCUGUACUUACCUUUCAUUUGUAUUGUACAUUCUAUUCCUGUAAUUAUUGUGCCCUUUAAGUGUUGUAAAAUUGUUUUGUAAUUCGUGCCUGCUAGUUAUGCAAUAAACAGGCUCUCCAAGUG